ACAUUUGUCAACUUAUUACUACUGUAAACAGAUGGAGUUCGAUGAUGAAGCUGAGCACAAAAGACUUUACAGAGUAGAGACAAAUUCCCCACAAAGAAAUGCAGCUUUCUCGUUGGAGCAAGGAGGAUCACUUUCAGCCAAAGCAACACAGAACAUCGUCAUCCAGAGCUUCAAGAUCGUGAUUUUGUCGAGUAAACUCAAUCUGUUGUUACCUUUCGGUCCUAUAGCGAUACUAGUCCACUACUUUACAGAUAACAAGGGAUGGUUUUUCUUACUGAGCUUAUUAGGAAUCACACCAUUGGCUGAACGUCUCGGAUAUGCUACAGAGCAAUUGGCUUGUUACACAGGUCCAACUGUUGGAGGCCUCCUAAACGCUACAUUUGGAAACGUGACAGAGCUGAUUAUAUCCAUUAUCGCUCUUAAAAAUGGAAUGAUACGCGUUGUACAGCUGACGCUGCUCGGCUCCAUUCUGUCUAAUAUGUUGCUCGUACUUGGCUGCGCCUUGUUCUGCGGCGGCAUUGUAUUUUCUCGGAAGCAGCAAGUCUUUGACAAGGAGAAUGCGGUUUUGAAUUCGGGAAUGCUUUUGAUGGCAGUGAUGGGUCUACUCUUCCCCACACUUCUUCAUUUCACCCACAGUGAGGUUCAUGCUGGUUCAUCAGAGCUGGCUCUUUCAAGAUCAACCAGUUGCAUAAUGCUCAUUGCCUAUGCUGCUUAUCUCUUUUUCCAGUUGAAAAUCCAGCCAAGUUUUCUUACCGAGGGCGAAGAAACUUCGGAUGAUGAUGAAGUUCCUGAGAUAUCCAAGUGGGAAGCUAUCAUCUGGCUUUUAAUCUUUACAGCUUGGGUCUCUCUUCUUUCCGGUUAUCUUGUCGAUGCCAUAGAGGGGGCUUCAGUCUCAUGGAAGAUACCAAUGUCAUUUAUCAGUGUCAUCUUGCUUCCUAUAGUUGGGAAUGCAGCCGAGCAUGCAGGUGCUAUUAUGUUUGCCAUGAAAGACAAGCUGGAUUUGUCCUUGGGAGUGGCUAUUGGAUCUUCAAUUCAGAUUUCUAUGUUUGCGGUUCCUUUCUGUGUGGUCAUUAGUUGGGUGAUGGGUGAACAAAUGGAUCUGAACUUCCAGCUAUUUGAGACAGCUACACUCUUCAUAACUGUUAUAGUUGUAGCUUUCUUUCUCCAGGAAGGGACAUCUAAUUACUUCAAAGGAUUGAUGCUCAUUCUCAGUUAUUUGAUAGUCGCGGCUAGUUUCUUUGUACACCAAGAUCCUGAUCAAGGUUAAUGUUGGUUUUGCUAUUUCUUCCAUCUUGUUAAUGUUUAACAACAAAACCAUGUUUCAUACGUCUCUGAUGGUUUCUGUGUUGUUGUUUCUUGACAAAUGAUAUAUAGCACAAUCUGGUGUGUGUGUGAAGUAGUUUGUGUCCUAAAACUUAAAAAGCCUAAUAAUAUCGCCAACCCAUGAUCUUACAUGUAUAAAUUAAGAUUCUGGAGUUUGUAUCAGGGAAACUGAAAGUUGUUCCGUUUUUUUUAACCUACGUUUUUGCUCUCUUGGUUUGUACUUUCGUUGGGGGUUGGGGUAUGUAAACAGUGGUCACCACUAAACUCGUUCUUGUUUUUUUUUUUGUUAACUAAGGUUUUGUUGGCCGAGGCUAUUGCACAUGUAGUACUAAAGUAGUGACAUAGAAAUGUCAAAACAUAACAUACCAAAAACUAGUUUUGGUUGUGUGUACA